CCUGGAUCACAGAGUUCAUGGAGAGAGUGACAAGCGACGCUCUCGCUUCCGAUUUCCGUCUGGGCAUUCAAGAAAGCGCUUCGCGCGCUCUCAAUAAGGCACACGGAAUUGUUAUGCAUGGAAUAAGGGAUGUGUUUUCUGCUCUGUUCGGAUUGCUACGCAAGCUGUGUUUUUGCACAAAGGGUAAAGUCCACCAAGGUCACAAAGUAAUCGCAGUCUGGCCAUUUUGGCUGCAAAUGUUAAAGGACUGGGAGAAGAUUCGGCAUGGAUCAUGACAAUGUAGAAAAACUGGCGGCAGAGCUGCAUGAAAAGGGGAGUGCCUGGGGUCCUUUCCAGAUAGCAGCAAGCACCAGCUUGGUCCUUUAUUUUGCCUGGGCCGGAUCUCUUGCCCUUGGGCUACGCAAAGUUUAUUUACAGGUGCCAUAUGUACCCUCCAGUGUCAAGCAAGUGAGGAAUAUGAUGUCGCUGCUGCAGGGGCGCUCUGGGAAGCUGGUGGAUUUAGGAUCGGGUGAUGGCAGAAUUGUGUUGGAGGCUUACAAACAAGGCUUCAGGCCGUCUGUUGGCUAUGAGCUCAAUCCAUGGCUUUUACAACUGUCCAACUUUCGUGCCUGGAGGGCUGGGUGCUAUGGAAAUGUUUUCUUCCGGCGAGAAGACCUUUGGAAGGCAGAUCUCACUGACUGCAACAACGUCACUGUGUUCCUGGCUCCCAGCUUGGUCCCGCUCUGGAGAGAAAACUGCUUUCAGAACUCCCAGAUGGGGCCUGCGUGGUGGCUGCCCGCUUCCCUUUCCUCAACUGGAUUCCUACCAGCAUUGCUGGAGACAACUUAGAAAGAGCAUGGGCCUACAACAUCACAGCAGUACGGCAAGCAGGCAGGCAGAUGCCCAGCCAAAGGCUAAACGUGCUCCAUAAAACUCAGCUGUGCAGGGAAAAUGGAAAAGAUGCAUGAAAUCGACAACAGUGCCUUUCCUUUUGCUAGUAGUUGUCUUAACUAGUGGGGGGGGGGAGUCAUUGGUUUGUGUUUGCUUUAUUAUAUUCAGUGGUACCUUGCUUUAAGAACAGUCCUGUUUAUGAACGAUAAGGUUUACGAACUCCGCAAAACCAGAAGUAGUAUUCCGGUUUGACAACUUUACCUCAGUCUAAGAAUGGAAUCCGAAUGGUGGAAGAGCACUGGCGGCAGGAGGCCCAGUUUAAGAACAGUUCCGGUUUAAGAACAGACUUCCGGAACAGAUUAAGUUCGUAAACCAAGGUACUGCUGUAUUUUGUAUGCUUGUUUUAUAUUUCUUCUUCAGAUGAAGGGCGGUAUACAAAUUUUAAUGAUGAUGAUAGGUUAUAAUGGUUACACAGUUCAGAUGAGAGGGCCAAUGAAAGAAAUUUCUACAAAUAACACACUUAUGCCAAAUGCAUCAUGACUCUAGCAGUAAUACUUCCCCCCCCCCUGUCUCUCCCCCAACCCACACCCGAAAUAAUGGCUUUAUCACCUUAAGGGGCUGGUGGGUACUUGCAGAUACCAGUGGACAAAUUUACCCACAUUUUUUAUUUCAGUUUAUCCUUUUCCUCCCGUCUUAAGUUCAGUUUACCACAUUGGUUUGCAAUUUGUUCCCCUUAAAACCAGGACCUUCUCGGUAAUGGCACCUGCCCUGUGGAAUGCCCUCCCAUUAGGAUGUCAAGGAAAUAAACAACUAUCUGACUUUUAGAAGACAUCUGAAGACCUGUAUAGGGAGGUUUUUAAUGAUUGAUGUCUUACUGUGUCUUAAUUUGUUGGAAGCCAUCCAGUUUCACUGCACAUUUUAAUAUGCCUAUUUUUCAAACAACUUCCUGCUUAUAUAAUGCAUAUUUAAAUGCUACUUUCACUGGCAUAAACAUAUUUUUUACACAAUUUCCUCUAACAUGCAUGAUCUUUUGGUAUGAGAACUUCAUUACAAAUUUCAAAGAUAAGCUGGUUUUUAGUUUGCUUAAUCAUUCAGGGAAGUACGAGUUAGGCUGAUUCCCACUGAAAUGUGAACCCACCCAAGUUUCUACACUUUACACCUUUACAAACACAAGUAAAGAUGAAGAAACUAUCCUGGGAAGUAUGCAGGCAUCAUAAGGAACAAAGAAAUAUUAAUGUGGCUAUGGAAAAAAGAAAUAGGCAUGAUUUAGGGCAGUAUCCAACUAAUGUGUCCAGUCAGUGCAAUUUCUGUCUGUGCAAUGGAACAUUCUUCCUCUGCUCCGCCUGUGUGCCCCAUAUCCUCCCCAAAUUUGUUCCAGAAGGUUGGGGGAACCCACAUAAUAGAUUUAGGGAGCACACAGAGUGUGGGGGUGCACAAGCAGAAGUCUUUGCAUUGAUGGAAUGAGUUAUUAUUAUUACUACAGUACCUUGGAUACAAGAUUCCCCAAGAUUAUUGAUUUGGUGUCAGUUAAGUCUUCAUAUUUAAAGAUAAUCUUUUCCAUGAAGUUUGAAAUAAGUUGUCAUGCCAGGUUUCUGCCAGGAGGAGGGAGGCUGAGAAGUCAGGGUGUGUCCAUAAACCUGUAUUUUGGGAGAAAAGAAUCUCUGACCCAAAUUGUGUGUUGUGGGGUCAGUCAGUGCAUAGGGGGUCUUACAAAAACCAAGGUCCAUGAGUUAAAGUUAAAAACUAAAUAUAAGCCCAACUAAACAGCUGAGGAACAGUCUAGAAGGCUGAGGCUGCUGUCAAGAGAUGCUAGAUUUAUUUUGUUGGUGCAGUGCAAAGAGAUGUAUGUAAUGUUUUCUGAUUUCUUGAACCAUGAUUAAAAGAUGAACAUCAGGCUGCAAGCUUAUGUGUUCCCCGCUUUUCAGUUUUCAUGAUUUCGCAUGCCAUCUUGCAGAGGGAAAUAUUAACCAUGGCUACCUUUAAACAGAUUUUACAAACAAGCCUCAAAUCCCCAAUAUCGAACUCAGCUAUGUUAAAGCUAACCAUAAGUAGUGUUGAUCUCAGUGCAGACUGCAACACUGCAGGACAGAUGGGCAGAAGAUAGAUUGGAGUCUCCUGGUAGUUAUUUGCAGUAGAUUGGAAAGGGUUUCUCUCUCCCUAGAGUUCAACACCAGCAAGUAGAAUUGGUAGGACAAACCUGUGUAUUAAUUGGUUGCAGGUCUUUGCACAGCUGUACUGACAGCUUUUAAGCUUGCAUUUUAGAAUCCUUACUGUAGAGUAACUCAGACUGCAAUACAUAGCUCUGUAUGUAUCAGGGGCUACCAGUAAGGAUAUUCAGAAUUUUGAGAAAGUUCCAUAGGCACCAGGUUUGUGGCAUAACACAAAAGGUCUGCCACAUUUAAAAGAGCAGAAUAAAGAGACAAGAACAUAGAACAGGGCAGUAAUAUUUACCAAUAUCUUUUCCAGAUACCAUAGGAGGUACUGGUGGGCACACAGUCCCUGGUAUUUAUGCUGUAUGGCUUCCUGGGUAUAAUAGGCAAUUGGCACCAUUAUUUUGCAGCUGACUUUGAAACUGGGGUGGGGCAGGGGUAUGUGUGGGAGAAAGGAAUGAAUUCACAAACCAAUGAGGUAGUCCUGAUCUCUUGACCACAAAACUGCAUAUGGAGAGGUCACACUUUCCCCAAUGCUUUAAGCCAAAACCAACUCGUCUCCAGUUUAUUUUAUUUUUCUUCUUUUCAGUUACAGCAAAACGGAGGACAGAAAUGUAUUAGUAAUGCCCAGCUUCUGACAGAGACCCUGCCACAACACAGCUUUCGUAUCACAUUUGCUGAUCACCAACAUGCAUACAGUGAUCUGAAAAUCUCUUUUUUUCGCAGAUAGGA